CAACUGCAGAGUCCCGACCUGCCUUUUGACUCGCCAUCAACCGACACCCUCAGCAUGAACUAUAUUCGUCCCUAGGUUCUCACCACCUUACCUGAGUUGAGAACGACAACCCACAUGGAAGCGAUUACCAGGCACUGACAAGCGAUAUACUGACACGGACACCUGGAACACGGGAGCCGACAUCUGGAUCCAAUCGCUCUUCAACUAAUUACGUUGGCUGCUGUUUGGGACAAUGCUUCACUAAAUUCCGAGAUCGACGUCUUCCAUUUUCCUACCGUCUUCCCUGCCUUCGCCAUUCGUUUCCCACCAUCAUGGCCGGCCCCGAUACCACCUUUGACAACAUGACGACGACGCAAAGCUACAAGCAGCUGAAGGAGGAAUUUGUCUCAAACCUCUCAGGCGGGUCUGUGGCUGAGAUUGCUCAGGUUUGCGCUGUGGCUCCGGUCGUCGCUCUUCUUUGGUCCGCUCUCCAAUCUCGACACUCCUUAUUCAAGCCCUACUCGGCCUUGGGGUUUGCCGUCGAUUUCCUCCUGAAUGUAGGAGCCCUCUUAUUAUCCGUCACACUGUACUCGAAUGCACCUCUGCUUCUCAGCAUCCUCCUCCUUACAGCCGCCGCCUUUGUCUGCACCAUUCCCUCGAAUGCCUCAACGGGCAGGAGGAAACCCAAACGCCCCCCCAAUGCGCAAUCCAGGACAUCGCAGGCACCACUCGGUGCCCUGUCCACGAAGCCGUUUCUGACCAACUACCGUGGCAACAUGAUGGUGGUCACAUGCUUGUGCAUCCUCGCCGUCGACUUUCGAAUGUUUCCGCGCCGCUUCGCAAAGGUCGAGACAUGGGGCACAUCUCUGAUGGAUAUGGGCGUCGGGUCUUUUGUCUUUUCAGCUGGCCUUGUAGCCUCUCGGCCCCUGCUAAGAGAGCGUUCCGAAGGCCGAGAGAUACCCCUGAGCGACCGUUUGAGGCAGUCAAUACGUCACUCCCUCCCACUCCUGGCGCUUGGCGUCGUGCGGCUGCUCAGCGUCAAGGGUUUGGACUAUGCCGAGCAUGUGACAGAGUACGGAGUCCACUGGAAUUUCUUCUUUACGCUGGGCUUGCUGCCUCCUUUUGUGGCGCUUUUCCAGUCGGCCCUCAGAUUUAUACCCUCGUAUGCCGGGUUAGCCAUUCUGUUAGCCGUCCUAUACCAGGUCGUCUUGGAGAGCACCUCUUUGAAGGCGUACAUUCUGGUCGGGCCGCGGGACAAUCUGCUGUCGAUGAACAGGGAGGGGCUUUUCAGUUUCUGGGGCUACCUCGCUAUUUUCCUAGCUGGCCAGGACUUGGGAAUGUUCGUGCUGCCGCGGAGCCUCGGCUCUCAGAAUCCCAAACCCACCAGGCUCCUGCUCACCAUGACUGCGUGGUCGGUGGGCUGGCUAACGCUCUACUUCUUCUGUACUGACUACACAUACGGUGCGGGGCUGACGGUGUCUCGGAGGCUCACAAACCUGCCCUACGUGCUAUGGGUUGUGGCCUUUAACAGCGCGCUCCUGCUCGCCUUCUGCCUUGUCGACACAAUCUUCUUCCCCGCCUUCUACAAGGCGCAGGAUGCAAAGGCAGAGAAGGAAGCCUACGAGACGGCGACGAGCAGGGUGUUGAGGGCAUAUAACCGCAACGGCUUGGCCGUGUUCCUGCUGGCCAAUCUCAUGACGGGGCUAGUCAACAUGACUGUGCCGACGCUGCACGUAGGUAGGAUAACAACCCUGGCGAUCUUGGCUGGUUAUAUGGGGGCUUUGACUGCCUUCGCAGUGGGCUUAGAUAUGCACGAUAUCACGAUCAAACUAUAGACGAAUGCAAAACGAUGUCGUCCACGACAGGUGGUAGAUGCGGCGAGUGAUUAUUGGUAGUGGUGGUUCCGUAGAUCUGCUGCAAGAGAAGACUUUCAGGAU